AUGAGCGACUCAACUUCGGAUAUCACGCCAGUUCCGACUGUCUCUGGUCCAACUGAUGCAUCGUCGCACCCAAUCAAAACUCCCCCAGAAACCAUUCCUGAAGAAAUCAUCACCACAUCAUUACCGACGACGCUGGGCGAUGUCAAGAAUCUAGAGGUCACAGUUUCGGAAGAUCCCUACUCCCUCCGGGGUUCUAAGCGGGAUGAUAUCCAUAUCAAUGGCAGGAAACAGGUCGCCCCGAACCUAACCCGGCGAAAGCACAAGAAGAUCAAGAAGUAUUACAAUCGGCAAAAUGCGCUUAUUGAUGCUUACCUUGGGAGCCAUGAUGAGGAGCAACUUGAGAUCGAAGAUACCCUGAAAUAUGGUGGCAAGGUGAAAUUUGCUGUCAACGCCAGUUUUGUUUGCAAUUUCUUUCUAUUUAUCAUCCAGCUUUAUGCGGCGGUAUCAACGGGUUCCCUCUCUCUAUUUGCCACUGCUGCGGAUGCAUUUAUGGAUCUUGUUAGCUCAUGUGUAAUGUUGGUUACAUCUCGACUAGCAGCCAAAGCCAAUGUUCAGAAAUUCCCUGUUGGCCGCAAACGUGUUGAAACUGUUGGAAUCAUUCUUUUCUGUGCCUUAAUGACGACAGUAUCUGCCCAGUUAAUUAUCGAUCACCGCAAUGAUAUUGCAGUCAACGUCUUCGGUCUCAUAAUGUCUAUUGUUGGAACGCGAUUCGUGAAGACUUGGUACCUUGAUCCAACUGGUGCCAUUUGCAUUGCUUGUCUCAUCCUCUACUCCUGGGCUUCAACUGCAUUCGAGCACAUGUGGUAUCUAGUCGGCAAAUCUGCUCCGCAAGACUUCUUGAAUAAACUAGUCUACGUCUCUGCCCGAGCCUAUCAUGCAGGAGACAAAUACUACGUCGAAGUAGACAUAAUUAUGGCUGAGGAAGAACCGCUCAAGGUGACACAUGAUGUCAGCCAGACGCUGCAGCGCAAACUUGAAGGUCUCUCAGAUGUUGAAAGGGCGUUCGUUCAUGUCGACUAUGAGGACGCGCAUGAUGUGGGCACGGAACAUAAAGCGCUUUAUGAGAUCCGCGAACCGAAGGAGCCACUCUCAAAGCGAAUAAAACAGAAGUUCACAAAGAAUUAA